GAGGAGCGCGCGGCACAGGCGGAGGACAUCGGCGUUCGCGUUUUACCGGAUAAUUCUUCCAGCGCCAUAAUUUACCAUUUUCUACUUUUGACAUGAACACAACAUUUUAAAACGUGUUUGAGACUAUACACCUUUGCAAGAUGACGGUGGAUUUUGAAGACUGCAUCAAGGAUUCACCCCGUUUUCGGGCCAAUAUCGAUGAAGUGGAGACGGAGGUGGUGGAGAUCGAGGCCAAGCUCGAUAAGCUGGUGAAACUGUGCAGUGGGAUGAUCGAGGCGGGGAAGGCCUACGUCAGCGCCAACAAACUCUUCGUGUCCGGCAUCAGAGACCUGUCCCAGCAGUGCCACAAGGAGCCCAUGAUCUCGGAGUGUCUGGAAAAGUGCGGGGAGAGCCUCCAAGAAAUCAUCAACUACCACAUGAUUCUGUUUGACCAGGCCCAGCGCUCCAUCAAACAGCAGCUACACAACUUCAUAAAAGAUGAUGUGCGUAAAUUCAAGGAGACAAAGAAACAUUUUGACAGAGUGAGAGAGGACAUGGAGAUCGCUCAGGUGAAGAACGCCCAGGCUCCCAGGACCAAACCUCACGAGGUGGAGGAGGCCACCAGCGCCCUCUGCCUCAGUCGCAAGUACUACAGACACCUCGCUCUGGACUACGUGCUGCAGAUAAACGUGCUCCAGGCAAAGAAGAAAUUUGAAAUCCUAGAUGCAAUGUUGUCAUUUAUGAACGCACAAUACUCACUCUUCCAACAAGGCUACAACCUGCUGGACGAGAUCGACCCGUACAUGAAGAAACUGGCUGCAGAGUUGGAUCAGCUGGUGAUUGAUUCGGCCAUGGAGAAGAGGGAAAUGGAGCAUAAACACGCCACUAUUCAGCAGAGGGAUUUUUCAUAUGAAGACUCAAAAGUGGAGUUUAACGUGGACGCACCCAAUGGAGUGGUGAUGGAGGGAUAUCUGUUCAAAAGAGCCAGCAACGCCUUCAAAACAUGGAACAGGCGUUGGUUCUCCAUUCAAAACAGCCAGCUGGUCUAUCAGAAGAAGCUCAAGGACUCCCUGACCGUGGUGGUGGAGGACCUGCGGCUCUGUUCAGUCAAACCCUGUGAGGACAUCGAGAGGAGGUUCUGCUUCGAGGUCGUCUCUCCUUUCAAGAGCUGUAUGCUUCAGGCUGAAUCAGAGAAGCACAGACAGGCUUGGAUCCAGGCCGUCCAAGCCAGCAUCGCCUCAGCCUAUAGAGAGAGUCCUGACACGUAUUACAUAGAGCAUUUAGACAGAACGGCCUCGCCCUCCACCAGCAGCAUCGACUCUGCGUCUGAGCCCAGAGAGCGCAGUAUUCGGGGGGAGUCGAUCCUCCAGAGGAUCCUGGGACUCCCGGGGAACGAGUUGUGCUGUGACUGUGGACAGGCCGAGCCGCGCUGGGCCUCCAUCAACCUGGGCAUCCUGCUCUGCAUCGAGUGCUCUGGGAUACACAGGAGUUUAGGAGUCCACUGUUCUAAGGUGCGCUCUCUCACGUUAGACUCCUGGGAACCAGAAUUAUUAAAGCUCAUGUGUGAACUCGGGAACAGCGUCAUCAACCACAUUUAUGAAGGCUCGUACCAAGAGAAGGGGCUCAAGAAACCAACGCCCACCAGCUCAAGGCAGGAGAAGGAGGUUUGGAUCAAGGCGAAGUACGUGGAGAAGAGGUUCCUGAAGCGGUUGGGCUCCUCAGACCUGGUCCUGAUGAACGGGGACAGGAGAGCGGAGCCGUCAGAGAGGAGGUGGAGCGUUAAGAAAUGCAGACGACACCACAGCGCCACCACUGUCCCCAAAGGCCGAAGGAGGUACCUGCAGGAGCCCGGCAGCACGUCCCCGUCCAUACUGUCUGCAGCAGCAGCAAAGUUCAGGAGAGAAUCUCUGUUUUGUCCUGAUGAGCUGGACUCACUCUUCUCCUACUUCGACACAGGAUCAGGGCCUCGAAGUCUCAGCAGUGACAGUGGACUCGGGGGCAGCACCGACGGCAGCUCUGACAUCCUGGUGUUUGGGGCUGUGGUCGACAGCGUCACAGAGGAAGAGUGUGAGGCGUCUGAGGAGUCCAGUGGGGAGGCAGAGAGCUCAGACGCAGAGGAGCUGACGUCUCUGCAUCCCGGGACCCUCCUUUACAAAGCCUCCCGAGCCCGAAACCUGCCCGUCAUGGCCGAAGCACUGGCCCACGGAGCCGAUGUGAACAUGUCCCUAGAGGAGGAGGAGGGAAAGACGCCCCUCAUACAAGCUGUGAUCGGGGGCUCGUUGAUCGCCUGUGAAUUCUUGUUACAAAACGCUGCUGACGUGAACCAAAAAGACUCGAGAGGGAAAGGGCCUCUGCACCACGCCACAUAUCUGGGUCACACAGGGCAGGUCUGUUUGUUCCUGAAAAGAGGAGCGACACAGAACGACGAGGACGAUGACGGACAGGAUCCUCUGAGUAUCGCCGUGCAACAGGCCAAUGCUGAUAUAGUCACACUGCUGCGUCUGUCGAGGAUGAACGACGAGAUGCGUGAGGCGGAGGGACCGCUCGGUCAGCCAGGAGAUGCCACGUACGUCGAUAUCUUCAAAGAAUUUUCCCACAUGGCGUCGCACAACCCGGAGAAGCUCAAGCGGAGGAGUGUGCACUUCCGACAUUCCUUCAGGUAGUCCAGGAGUGUCCGGACCAAAGAGGAGUAGGCUGAAACACUCUGGGGUUAAUAUGGAGGAUUCUGAGGUUAUGUUUUGCACUUGUCAUCACAUUCAACUGGGAACAUUAGCAAAUAACACCAAUGUCACCAGUACAGUAAUAUAAUAAUUCCAUGAUUUGAUUUAAAGGUGCACAGUGUAACUUUUGCGGUAGGAUGCCCGACAUUUGGUUGGCUCCAUGGAGAUUAUUUCUGCCGUGCUACACCUUGCCCAGGGACUACAGUUGGAAACUAGAUACUGGAACAUUUACAAAAAAUAUUUAUUAUG